CAGCUGCGGUCCAUUUACUCCGAGUUCGGACAGGUGGCCGUUAAAAAGCUCUGUGUGGACACGCGCCACCGGCAGUCUCUGCUGUCGCUGAGAAACAAAAUACUCCGCUAUACCGUGGUGACGGCGUACCAGCGCUACAUCCAGGACGUGCUGCUGCGGCUGGGCGCCACCACCGACCGCGCCAGCCGCUUCGCCCAGAACAUGUUCAACUACGAGAAGCGGCUGGUGGAGGCGUCGCUGGAGCCGCUGGCGCUGCGGGACCCGACGAGGUCACCGCGCCGGGUGACGGUCGACUGGCUGCGCAAGGAGUCGCCGCAGAUUGACUGGCUGAACACCCUUCAGAGCGUGUAUCCAGAGGCCAAUGUCAACAUGGACACUGAGAUCCUACUCCCUGAUGACAAGUACAUCGUGGAGCUCUCGAAAAUUAUAUCCAGCACCGGGAAAAGCUCGAUGAACGCCUACCUGAUGUGGCGGCUGAUCGCCGGCUACUACCCGUACCUGCCGGAGCAUGACCGGGCCGUGCUGGACGUACUUCGCUCCGAGCUCACCGGUGUGAAGCAGCCGCCGCCCCACUGGCUGACCUGCACGCGCAUGACUCGCGAGUUCUUCCCGCUGGCGGCCGGCGCGCUGCUGGCGCGCGACGAGCCGGUGGAGGCGCGCGAACUGAGUCAGCGCGCCGCCGAGGACCUGUUCCGGGCGCUGACGCAGAGUCUGGGCAGCGUGCUCACCUACAGCCGCUUCAUCAGCGAGGAGAGCCGCGCCAGCGUCAUCCAGAAGGUGACGUCACUGGACCUGGUGGCCGGCUACCCGCCGCUGCUGCUGGAGGAUAAGCUGCUGGACCGCCUGUACAGCGACCUCGCCGUGCUGCGCUAUGGGUUCUUCGAGAGCGUGCAGGCGGCGCGUCGGCACCAGCGCGUCGUCCAGCAGAAGGCCUACCUGGCGCCUGGCCAGCAGUGGGAGCUGGAGCCGUUGCUGAACGGCGCCAGCGUCAGCUACAGCAGCGCCAGGAACGCCGUCGUUGUGCCGGACCAGUUGAUGCGGCCCCCGCUGUUCGACCCCGCUUACCCGCCGCCAUUCCAGUAUGGUGGUCUGGGUACGCGCUUGGCGGACGCCAUCUUGUCCUCGAUCGACCACAGCAGCUUGACUUCAUCGAUGGACCGGAGUAACGCGACGACGACAGACCACGAGACGAUGGCGCACAACCAAGAGACGUUCCGCGCAUGCGUGUCGGCCGCGCUGGCGGCGGCGGGCGUCCAACAGGCGACCGUGGCACGGGUCUCGGCGUCCGCGUCCGUCCAGGUGCUGGCCGUGCGGCUGGCCCUCGAGACGUUGAAGGAUCACCUGGAAGAGGUGGGGGACAAGCAACUACCGGGCCUGGAAGCGAUGGAGGCAGAGAAAGUGUUCUUCAUAGCUUACGGCCAGAGCCAAUGUAGGCACAAGACAGAAGAGAAAGAUCACUGGGACGAAUUCACCAAGUUUUCGUUGGAUGGGAAGAUUAAGCUGGACCUCGCCGUCGAGCAGGCGGCCGCCUUCCGCGACGUGUUCCACUGCAACGCCACGCACGCGCACGUGAUCGCUGGCCCGUGCGGCGGCUUCGUGUGAGACGCGCCGCCGGCGUCGCGCGCUGCCCGGGCAUCCCCCGAGGCACGAAAUCGGACAGCAGGAGCGCGUGGCCGGAUCGGGAGGGGGCCGGGCGCGGCCCGUCGGCUGUGACGGACGCCGGUGGGGCCCCCGCCGAGAGCGUGGGUGGCGCGCCGGCGGCAGCCGUGUCGGACGCGCUGUGGAGGCUCGGGCCGCCCCGACCGGCGAUCGAGGGCCGGUGCGGGCUGGAGCGGAGCAGGAGAGGCUGAGGUGGCCGCCGGAGCGGUGCAGGAAGCGGCCGGCCGGUGCUGCGGCCAGCAUGGUGCCGCCACUUCGGUGGACGCCGUUUGUCAUUGGCGCGUGCCCGCCGGGUUUUGGGAGCGGGACAGGAGACAGUGGUUACGCGUCCCGGGUAGCACUGGUGCUGACUCCCAAAACCAGUGAGGCAUCGGCGGUUCGUUGGCCGUGGUCCUUUCUUCGUGAUGUUGUUAACGGCCGACGGUGUGGUUCUAUGGCACCUUUGUGUACGUUAAAGUGUUGUCGUGGAUGUUGUGUGCGGUCACCACUCAUUUCACGAGCCGGAGGGACUCGGAAACAUGCAGAGCGAUGCAGCUGCCUUCGACUGAACCUGUCAGGCU